AUGCUGUACUCCAAAGGGUCACGAUGGCAAGGCUUUUUAGCCAUAUUUCUUUGCAUUUUAGUUGAAUUUUGCUUUCCGGUGAAUGGGCACUCGAGUAUCAAACCGGAUAUUGGCGCGCUUGCUUUUCCAUUUGGCCUUGGCAAUGUUCAAUUAUCCCAAAAUCGCUUUCUGGAAAAUCAAGACCGCACCCUGAACUAUUUGAAAGACAUAGAUGUGGAUAGACUUCUCUAUGUCUUCCGGGUGAACCAUGGAAUAGAUACACAGCAGGCAGAUCCUAACGGCGGAUGGGACGCUCCUGACUUCCCGUUCCGUUCGCAUGUUCAGGGUCAUUUCCUCAGUGCCUGGGCCCAAUGCUAUGCUGCACUCAACGACCAAACAUGCUACGAUCGAGCAGCUUACUUUGUUACCGAGUUGGAAAAGUGCCAGGCCAACAACAAAGCUGCCAGCUUUACAGAUGGUUACUUAUCUGGUUUCCCAGAAUCAGACUUUGCAAAACUUGAAAAUUCCACUCUAACAAACGGCAACGUUCCUUAUUAUGCUAUUCACAAGACGCUAGCCGGGCUCCUGGACGCCUGGAGCCUAUUGAAUGACACAACUUCUCGAGACGUCCUUCUUUCCAUGGCCCAGUGGGUCGAUGAACGCACAAAGUCCUUCAGCUACGAUAAAAUGCAGCAAAUACUGCAAACGGAAUUUGGCGAUGGCUUACCGUUGCCAAGCGCUUUGAUCAUGCGGUGGUUUUUGACCCCCCUCGCAGCCGAUGAAGAUGAACUUGAUGGUCUCCAUGCAAAUACUCAAGUUCCUAAAUGGAUUGGGGCAGCUCGCCAAUACAAAGCCACGGGAGAUUCUCGGUAUCUGGAUAUUGCCCGCAACGCUUGGAAAAUCAAUAUCAAUGCGCACACAUAUGCUAUUGGUGGCAAUAGUCAAGCUGAGCACUUUCACGCCCCAAAUGCUAUUGCUGCAUAUCUUACGAGUGACACUUGUGAAGCAUGUAAUUCUUACAACAUGCUCAAGUUGACUCGUGAAUUGUGGCUUGUCGAUCCUAAGAAUAGCGCAUAUUUUGACUUCUACGAAAAUGCGUUACUGAAUCAUCUCCUAGGACAACAGAAUCCCGAUACGGACCAUGGUCAUAUUACUUAUUUCACUCCUCUCAAUGCUGGUGGUCGUCGUGGUGUCGGUCCUGCUUGGGGUGGCGGUACUUGGAGUACAGAUUACGACUCAUUCUGGUGCUGUCAAGGCACAGCGCUAGAAACGAACACUAAAUUGAUGGACUCGGUCUAUUUCUACAGCGAAUCGACAUUAUUUAUCAAUCUCUUCAUUUCUUCAAUCCUACAGUGGCCGGAGAUGGGAAUUAGUUUAAAACAAUCUACGUCCUACCCCGUCGACGACACAACGACAUUGGAGGUUUCUGGCCGUGGCAGAUGGAAAAUGAAUAUCCGCAUUCCAAACUGGACGUCGGGCGCUAAGAUAACAGUCAAUGGGAGAGUUCUAUCCAAUGUUCAGGUUUCUCCGGGAUCAUAUGCUCAAAUUUCGCGCUCAUGGGCUGAUGGGGAUGUCGUUGAAGUCCACCUUCCCAUGAGCCUGCGUACGAUAGUUGCCAACGACAAUUCAAGCAUGGUCGCAGUUGCGUAUGGCCCGACCGUCUUGAGUGGCAACUAUGGCGAUCAAGCAGUGAAUAAUGUCCCAUCUAUUGCUCUUGACUCUAUCCACCGCAUAGGGGAUUCCAGUCUUGCUUUCACCUCUCUUGCCGAUGGUAAGAAUGUUACGCUGAGUGCAUUCUAUGACGCCCAGGGCUAUAACUAUAAUGUAUACUGGGUCGCUACAGGGAAGCUGUGA